AUGGGAAAUGCUGGCGGCGGUAGUUCUGUCCUUAGUACCGGAGCCGCCGCUGGUGAGGAAACCCCAGAGGUGCACGUCUAUAAAAAGCGUUUCAACUCUGAGAUCCUAUGCGCUGCCAUGUGGGGCGUCAAUCUCCUUAUCGGCCUUGAGACCGGGCUUUCCCUCCUGGACCGAAGCGGCGAGGGUAAAGUCUACUCGCUCAUCAGUCGACGACGGUUUUCGCAGAUGGCUGUGUUAGAGGUGCAGAACAUCCUAGUCACCAUUUCUGGCCGCAAAAACCGUCUUCGUGUCUACUACCUCUCCUGGCUGAGGUCCAAGAUCAUGAAGACAGAGGGGUGCGAUAAGAAGAACGGAUGGGUCAAUGUCGGCGAGAAUCUUCAUGGGGCUGUACAUUUUAAAAUUGUUAAACACGAAAAUAUCAAGUUCCUCGUGAUCGCGCUACGAGAUUCGGUUGAAAUCUACGCUUGGGCACCGCGACCAUACCACAAAUUUAUGGCCUUCAAGCAUUUCUCCUCACUGCGGUUUAAACCCCUUCUUGUGGAUCUCACCGUGGAGGAAAACCAACGUCUGAAGGUCAUAUACGGCUCCGUUGCUGGCUUUCACGCCAUCGACCUCGACACGAACACUGUGUUUGACCUCUACCUAUGCUCCAAGCCAAACGGAGGGACCAUAACGCCCCAAUGUAUUGUCGUUUUGCCUAACACGGACGGUCUCCAGCUCCUCCUAUGCUAUGACACCGAGGGUGUCUACGUGGACACCAGUGGCAAGAUGACGAAAAAUGUGGUGAUACAGUGGGGUGAGGUGCCCACCUCCGUGGCCUACAUCUCCUCGGGCCAGUUACUGGGCUGGGGUCUGCGUGCCAUCGAGGUGCGUUCGGCAGAAACAGGCCAUCUUGACGGCGUCUUCCUGCACAAACGGGAACAGCGCUUCAAGUUCCUCUGCGAACGCAACGACAAGGUAACCUCCUUAGGCCGCAUACUUUUGUGA